AUGCCCUCAUUGUCUUCGCUAAAACGCUCGGCGCGGGAGCUGAUCAGCGACGUGAAGGAAGCCGGAGGACGGGGAUCACCAAGAAACGACAGGUCGGAUGCGCAGGACAACUCUCGCCAACACCCGUCCAAGCGAGGAGGAUUCAUUCGAGAUCUCAUCACAGGACCGAGGGAAAAGACGCUCACGCGUAAUAAGACCCUACGGAAAGGCAAGCAUGGUGCCGAGAAGGCGACGCCCAUGCCGACGACGACGACGACGACGACGACGACGACGACGACGACGACGAACAGCACGUUCUCACACACUCCAUCGUCUGAGACACCCUUAUCCCCGCACUCCACCAUCAACUCUAACAAGCCGCUGCCCUCUCCGCCUCCCUCUGAGACGACAGGCAAGGUUGAUGGCAGGCCUGGUAAGCCGGUCCUCAGGCUCAACAAGAUUAUGGCGACACUGAGCGACACCGAGAUCGAGAAGCUGUUCUCCGGAGCUCCGCAAUUCUUCGCCCGUUCCCAAGGCCAUGGCAGCGGAGCGCCUUACCCGUCCGUGGCCUUCCCCUGGAAUGAGGAGCUCGCCAUCAGAGACCUCACAGACCACACUCAGAUAGAGGAUGAUGCUUGGGGGUGUGUGACAGAGAGCCCCCGUCUCAUCAAACGGGAUCCUUUGGCUACAACACCCCCGUCCGGCAAGAGACGGCCCCACUUCAACUCUAGAUGCCGAGAGAGGCCCAACAUGCUGAGCAUGCAAGGGCUUGAGAAGGGCACCAUGGGCUACCAGGCUGCUCUGGAGAUCUCAGUGGCCGACGCCUUACAAGAAGAACAGUAUGGCUUCGACAGUUUGGGGUCCAAGUCUCAUGUCGUCGUAGAGCAGAGGCAAAGGUUGAUCACUUCCAAGGACGGUCUGCGGCACCUGGACGAUGCGAGCAUCAUGGAGCAGAUGCUCGUGGUUGAGGAAAGGUCGCGCGCGCAUCAUGCAGAACAGAGUGCGGCACGGACCAAGACCCAUGAACUCUACAAUGACCUCUUUCGGAAAGUUCUUCACCCGCCAACAAGGGUCAUCGAUCACCAGGAUCCCUACAGCCUAGCGGUGCAGAUAAACGCUCUCGUCAAGGUACUGGCCGCGCCGAACGCUUGGGUCGACUUUUCGCGAGUAGAGUGGCGGAUUCGGCUAGGCCAGAUCCUCUGGGGAUUUCCUUUGGACGACGAGCUUGCGGACGGAUCUUCGAUAAACGAAGGGAGCGAUGCACAAGACAGGAGUGAGGAGCGGUAUUGGCUACUUCUCCAGGUUCUGCUCUCCUGUGAGCUUCUGGUCCGGUUGGAUGCCAUAACAGAGGGUGACGAGUACGCCACAGAGAAUCUCAAAGCAUCCGAAGUACACCGAUUUGUAAGAGAGGCCAAUACUUCAGUCAGAUGGUCAUUGAUCCUCGCUCGUGCUUGGCUCGAGAACAUCACAAUCAUAAAAGCCAACCCAGCUCCCCUUGAAGAGCACUCGCCGCAGAAAGGCUGGCUCACGAGUCUCACGAGCAAGAUGUCCCUGAAGCACGAGCAUAUGCACGGCGCGCAGGACACUGACCACACUCAACAUCGCCACAUCACCGAAGCUGAGCACGUAUACUCCAUCCAAGGGAGACAUCCUGAGAGACAGGUUUCCGGGCUGAUGCACUUUGCGAAAAAGUUGCGUUGGCCAGAUAUCGAGACUACUGUUACACGCGUAUCCGAAAAGGCUACAUUAUUGGGUGAAGCGACUCCUAUUAAUAGUCCACUACUCACAAGCGACACACGACGCUCGUCUUACUUUGGCGGCGAUAAGGGGUCUGUGGAACUCAGGAGGAAACCGUCCAGAAGACGGAAAGUCGAGGCAGCGUUGCAUGCGUCCGGCUGGCUUUCAAAAUCAUAUGUCUCCGGGCUUGUGCUGCCCGGAGAGGUUCUGUCACACUUUCUCAUGUCUACUCUGUUAGAGAACGACGAUGAGGCCAUGGCACGUUUGGGGCCGAUGGCCAACCUGUGCGGUGGAUUCGUUUACAAUGGGAAAAGCUUCUGGAGCACAGCCUGCGUUGUUGGUCGUGUUCUCGCUGCUGGGAAAGGAUCAGCCGAGUGUAUGGGAUGGAUAUCAAGCGACAUUACUCCUCAGCGACUCGAAGACGGCUGGGUAGACAUCACGGUCGCCGACAUACAUGACGAUGUCUCCAAAACUGGGAAGAAGGCUCGAUUGUGGGGCAAGACCGCCAUCGAACGAGAGUCAGAUGUGUUAGGCGAUGCUGACUCUUCAGGCGUAUUUCCCGCCGACUUCAUUGUCCCACACGAGUCUACCUAUGCCAGCCGACCGCCCUCCAAUAUCAGGAUCGAGUUACGGGCGCUGGAUCUCUUGGCGCCGGGCGAUAGUGUCCACACGACGCCUACCGUAGAGAAACAAUUCACCCCUUCCUCCAACUACAGCAGCAAGUCCUCCUCCGAUAUCCAUACAUACCCUGCCUCGGUAGCCUUCACGAUGUCCCACGAUGGCGUCGACCAGGAUGUGGAUAUCAAUCUUGCGCUCUCCAAGGACGUCUACUUCGUCACGGCCCACCCUUGCGUCGCAUCAAGUCAUGUCAAAUACUUGAAAUCCCCGUCAAGCCCAACGAUCCAGCAGAUCGAUGUGGGUGGGCACGACUUCAAGGACAAGCCUACCAGCGCAGCGCACAUUACUGGUCAUCCACUCCACAGGUUUUACACAUACACCGCGGUUCACCUCACCAAUAUCCUCAAUCAGCCCACAGCAACCCUGGAAGGGCUCCUGAACAAGAGCACCUCCAACCCCCGCUCGAGCAGCAACGAUUCAGCCUCUUCGAUCCCGAACCGCACCCCGCGCGUCCUGGUCAUCGACUGCGUGACGGGCUUCGCGCCACCCCGGGAGAACUCGCCCGGGAUGCCGGCGCUCUCCCGCGAGUCCUCGCUCUCGUCAUCCUUCGGUCUCGAGCCCGUCAACACGGCGCCCCAGACCCACAUCGCCAGCUGUGGUCCGCCCGUCAGUUCGCCGGAGCCGGUGGAACGGCGGCCGAGCAUGGCGGCUUCGAUCGGCACGAGGGCCGAGUACCAGAUGAAGCUGGGCACGCGCAAGCGGCAGUUCGGGUCCGACCUCGAGAUCCUCGUGCGCGCCCUUUGUGCGGAGCGUGGUUGGAACGCCGUUAUUAGCCGUCGGAGGAGGGGCUGUCUAUCGUGCGCGAUACGCGAGGCUGGCGCUCUGGGGUGGAGGGUUGUUGUUCGUGUCGAGUGA